AUGGAACAACAUUCUUCCUAUUAUACUGGUGAUACUGAAAGCGAUGGCGAAUCCGAAGAAGAAAUAAAGGAAUUUUCUACUCAAUUUGUGAUAGCAAGGAAUAUUAUCCGUCCAAAUGAAGUCUUUACUGGUCCUGCCAUGGGUGUGAAACAACAUACGAACUAUAUUCGAUUGAUUGAAGAAGAAACUGGCACUGAAUGUGCAUUAUUACCAAAUGGACGCACUAUCAAUAUUACUGGCUCUAGUCAAGAGAGUGUAGAUGAUGCUGCUUCACGAUUUUUGGUCCUUCAAACCGCAUACAAACGCAGUAGUAGAAGACCCAUUGUUGUACCUUGUAUUCAUCCAAAUGCCGAAGAUCCUCGUCCCUUCAGACUCUUCUUUGCUGAUAAGGAAAGAUAUCGACAUAAGGAUAGUCUUUUUGUACCUCCUGAUUUCAAGCGUCCUCUUUAUGUUUUGUUGCCCGUGUACAAUGAUCCCCGAACUGGUGAGCCGGCAAAACCAACUGAUCUUAUUGAUAUCUCUGCUCAAACUCGUCAACAAUCAAUGCAACAGACUCAACCGGAAUUCCCAGCGUUACCAAAGAAAAAUCGAUCUCCUCCUGGAUUCCCUUCAUCAAUAAAUACAAUCAAUACGGUUCCUCAAAGAUAUACUCGCUCCCCUUCUACAAGUUCUACACCGUCAUCUCCAUUGCCAUCACCGUCACCUCGUGAAACUACAAUGACAUCAACCUGGGGAUCCAAUACAGUAAGUCAAACACAUACAACUGUCCUGACACCAGAAGCUGAACAAUGGAGAAAUCGACCAAUCACACCAAAUCAGCCACUAUCUGGUAAUUCAAAUGAUGAUUUUCCCUCUCUACCUACGACACCAGCCAGAAAACCUUCAGUACAAUCCCCUGGUAAAGGAAUACAGCGACGUGUCAUUAGAAUCAGUAAUCAAAAAGCAGCAAAGGUCAACAACAACAGCAAUAAUCAAGUCAGCACCUCUAUUUUUGAUCAGUGCCGUGAAUACAACUUCCACAAUGCUAGAUUCGCUUUAACUGAGGGUUUGCAACAUGUGCGCAGUCUCCGUGGUGAAAUUCGUAUUGGUGCGAAAUUAGGAAAGGUUCUAUGGAAUAAUAUGACACCAACAGUAUCAUCACAACUUUGGGAAUUCCAAGAUAUCAAGGAUGUGGUUAUGAAUGAAAUGAAAGUACGAUCUAUAUUCAAUAACGUGACUACAAAAUCAGAACAAGUGAUGGAUGCUAUUGCUCAACAAAUUCCGGAACAUUUCGCGAGAACAGCUUGUUUCGAAAUUCAUGCUCAAGCAAGAAAUCAACCUACACUUCCUUAUCAACCUAUUAUUAUGAUAUUGAAUCCUGGUGCUGUCGGUUUAAAAAAAGUGGUAUUAAAAAAAGAACGAAUCAGUGAAGUAAAUUGGGUAUCAUUGGACAGAAAGUUCGACUUUCAAAUCUACAUGGAUGCUGAACAAUGUGGACGUACGGAUGUGAAACCCUAUUCGACUUUUCUCAAGAAAUUGAUGAUCAAUACUUCAACACUACAAAUGACUUAUGAAGAUAUUCCUGACUUUUUACAUGUGACACAUAUCUAUUACAAACAAACAACGAAAUUCUAUCUACAUUUCCCAUUCAUUGCGCAUAUUACGAUGGUGGAAAGAUUAGAUCUACAACCUGUAGCAUAUGCAUCUAAUGGAAAGAAGAUGUCUGCGGAUACUGGUAAAGGUGAAGUUUGGUUUGAUUGUGAGGUGAUCUGUGGUAAUCAUGAAGGAUUAUUCAAUCAAAAUUUGGAUUUACCCAUUGGCAAGGAAGCAUCAUGGACGGUCAAGGAUAUCUGGGGUGAAAAUGAACAACUCUUAUUCGAUUUUAUCAAAUGUUUGAUCAUACUUACGGAAAAAUGUCAAAAAGCAGUGAAAUAG